AAAUAGUACUGCGUGCCAUGCCAUGUGUUUAGCGUGACAUUGACAAGAAAAGUGAUGAAUUAACCCAAAAUCUCCGUUAUUUCAAACUGAAGUGUGCUGCAUAGCCUUAAAAAUGGCUAUGAUGGUGCUAUACGAACAUGCAUCAGGCUACGGCCUGUUUGCAAUCAAAGAAUUUGAGGAGGUCUCUGUUCUCCACCACCAAGUUCAAGAAUCUGUGACAGACUUCGGAAAGUUUGCCUCGCUGGUCAAGCUGCAAGCCUUCUCACCUUUCAAAUCUGGGAUCAACGCCCUUGAAAAUAUCAACAGCAUCUCUGAAGGUGUGAUGACAGAAGACCUGAAGCUCUUCAUGGAGACCAACAUGCCAGAGAGUGCUAAGAAGAAGAAGAAGAUCACUUUGGGUGUGGCCGAUUCGAAGAUAGGAGCGUCCAUCCAGGAGGAACUAGGUAUCCCCUGUCAGACGGGAGGCGUAUUCCAGGAGAUCGGAAGAGGUCUGAGAUACCACUUCCAUCGACUGGUCAAGGGGCUGACCGCACAGUCAGAAGCCAAAGCACAGCUCGGUCUGGGUCACAGCUACUCAAGGGCCAAGGUCAAGUUCAACGUGAACAGAGCAGAUAACAUGAUCAUCCAAUCCAUCUGUUUACUUGACCAACUGGACAAGGACAUCAAUACAUUCUCUAUGAGGAUAAAAGAGUGGUACUCCUACCACUUCCCAGAACUCGUCAAGGUCGUGCCAGAGAGCGCCCUCUACGCCAAGGUCGCACACUACAUCAAGAACCGCAAGGAUCUAAGCGAGGAAUCGCUUGAAGCCCUUGAGGAACUGACCAUGGACAGUGCUAAGGCUCAGGCCAUCCUGGAUGCAUCACGCUCAUCAAUGGGUAUGGACAUUUCUCCCAUCGACCUGAUCAACAUCGAGAGGUUUGCUGUCAGGGUCAUUGCACUAACGGACUAUCGUAAGAGCCUACACACGUACCUUCAGGACAAGAUGCACGCUGUGGCUCCAAACCUAUCAGCUCUCAUUGGUGAACAGGUUGGUGCUCGUCUGAUCUCACAUGCCGGAAGUCUAACCAAUCUAGCCAAGUACCCGGCAUCUACUGUACAGAUCCUUGGAGCUGAGAAGGCCCUCUUCAGAGCUCUGAAGACUCGUGGCAACACCCCCAAGUAUGGUCUCAUCUUCCAUUCCACGUUCAUCGGCAGGGCAGCACAGAAGAACAAAGGUCGCAUCUCUCGUUACCUUGCCAAUAAGUGCUCCAUGGCCUCAAGGAUAGACUGCUUCUCAGACAUACCCAACUCCGUGUUUGGUGAGAAGCUGAAGGAUCAGGUAGAAGAGAGACUGUCAUUCUACGAGACUGGAACGGCUCCUCGUAAGAACAUUGAUGUCAUGCAGGAGGCUCUAGGACAAGUCAAAGAAGUAGAAGCAGAAUUGGCACGCAAGAAGAAGAAGGAGAAGAAGAAGAAGAGGAAAUCAUCCGAAGCGCCUCCUGCAGAAGAAGAAGAAGAGAUGGAGACAGAAACACCCAAGAAGAAGAAAAAGAAGAAGGUAGAAGUAGAGCCGGAGUCUGAGCCCGAGGAGAUGGAAACAGAAACACCCAAGAAGAAGAAGAAAAAGAAGAAGGAGCAAGCAGAGGAAGAGGAAGAAGUGGAAGAUACGCCAAAGAAGAAGAAGAAAAAGAAGAAGAGUCUUGGGGGAGAGGAGUCAAAUGGGCAUGUAGAACCAGAAGAAGAAGAAGUGACAGUCGUCAAAAAGAAGAAGAAGAAGAAGAGUCUUCCAGAAUAAGGGCUCCAUGUCAUCAUUCAAUUUUUGUAUAAUUAAUCUUAAAGCUUUUAUGUAUUUUUAUGUCUUUUAACUUUAGUACAAAUCUUCUUUUAUUUGUAAUUCAUCACUUUCCCCAUUUGUUAACAGGAAAAUACAGCUUUAUGGUUUAUUCUUUUUUUUUCUGCAGUUUUGAUUUAAAUGGUUGAACUCAACUUUUGGUAUGCCUGGUCCUUUUUGGGGCAGAUUUCACAAUUUAUUUCAAAAUAUUUUUUCAUAGAUAUUGAUAUCUGCUGCUAUAUUAAAUAAUUCAAAUGUUGUGUCACAAAAUCAAAACGAAAGUUGCCUCAUAAAUCAUGUUUAUUUCAAUUCUGCUGUUUCCCAUGGUGAUAAAAUCCUUUUCAAACAACAUUGAAGCUCAAGAUCAUUGCAACAUAUCUUGGAUCAGCCCUAACAAUCUACUUUAUAAUGUAAAGUAUCUGGGGUUUUUUUAAGGAAAGAUCAAAAUGUUGAAUGAGCAUUUUUUCCUUGAUACAUAAUGUUCUUCUUAUCAUGUCAUUUUUAUUGUUUUUAUUGUCAAAUUUUCUGAUUAUGUAACUGGGUAAAAUAUUUUGUGGCAAAAAAAAUAUAAAAUCAGCAAAAAAAGUCCAGAUGUAAAUACAUGUAGAUAAUGGCAUUUUAUUCAUUGUGAAAUAUAACUUCAUAGUGGGAAAUGUUUGUUCCUUUUAUCUUUACUUUUUGGUUUAUUUUAGCUCCAAUCAUGCACAAAGUAUAGAUGCAUGCAUGUUUAAUAUCGUUAAUUGGCUAUAUUUUUGUGAUCAAUAUUUGUCACCAAAUACAGAAAAUCUAUUUCAUGCUUAAACAAAAUUAUUAACCAGUAUAUGGAGUCCUUCAAUUACCUCAGGAAAGUAUUUGAAAAAUUAAAACCAUGAAUGUCAGAAGAAGAAAAAAAAAUCCUUCCCAACCAUGGGGGAUAUCUUGCACUUAAUCUGUAAAUACCUUACUAAGAAAGAAUCUACCCACUAACUUCAUGAAUAAACUUACCAGUUCAUUAUAUUAA